AGCAGGUGGCAAGUUGUUUAUCUGCUCAGCUGUUGUGCAUGGCCUGACAGAGACAGACAAAAGCAGCUGAGAGGAGGAAGGAAAUAAAAGGUCUCCCUCACACUCUACCUUAAAGGUGCAUCCCUCAAGUGAUGUCUCAAGUAGCUCAGAGAACUAAAUGGCCAGUGAUCAUCGUUUUCAGUUGGGUUUCUCUUUGUGUAUCCAUGCCAUUAUGGAAUGAGCGGGACUUACUAAUUGAAAAGGAGAAUGCCAGUCGUGUAGGUGGAAACCUUGUGCUAACAGAACUUGAAGAAGAUGCCAAUAAGAAGCUCAUGCAUCUCAAAGAGAAGGAAGUAGCUGAAGCUAUGAAAACAGGACUGUUUCCACCCAGCAUGCAUUUCUUCAAAGCCAAACACCUCAUUGAUCAAAGUAAUGUUUUCAGCAUCUUACAAAAGAUGCCCAAAGGUGGUGUUUUACACUUGCAUGACUAUGCUAUAUUGAGUGUUGACUGGCUAGUGUACAAUGCCAGCUACCUGCCAAACUGUUACAUCUGCUUCACCCCUUUAUGGGAUGUCCGCUUCAAGUUCUCCAGUCCUCUUCCUCCCAAGGAUCUGCCUCCUGAUUGCUCUGAGUGGGUGCUGUUAGAGACCUACCGUAAUAACCUGAAGGAUAUAACUGGAUUUGAUAAGAGUUUGUUGAGCAACCUCACUCUAGUAACAGAUAUUCCAGAGGUGACCUACCCUUCUCAGACUAUCAUCUGGAAGAGAUUUGAAAAUGCCUUCAUCGCUGCUUCUGGCCUUAUCAGCUAUGCACCUGUGUUCAAGGCCUAUUUCUACCAGGGGCUGUUGGAGCUCUAUGAAGAUAACGUACAAUAUGCUGAGAUAAGGGCUAUGCUGCCACCGGUAUAUGAGUUGGAUGGUACCAUGCAUGACAAAUCCUGGUCUAUGGCAGUUUAUCAAAGCACAACCCAACAGUUUGUAAAGGACCACCCAGACUUUGUUAGUGCAAAGAUUAUAUACACAGCACACAGAAAUGAGAAUGUCGCCCAAAUUGAAGAAGCUGUCUGUGCAGCUGUGGCACUCAGAGCAGAGUUCCCGGAAACUAUGGCAGGCUUUGAUUUGGUUGGCUGGGAAGAUGGAGGAAAGGCCCUCUGGGAACUCAAGGAUGCCUUGACCCUUCCGGAAACUCUGGGAGAUAAAUUGCCAUAUUUCUUUCAUGCUGGUGAGACAAACUGGGAAGGCACCUCUGUAGAUAGAAAUUUGUUCGAUGCUCUGCUGUUGAACACCAGCAGGAUUGGCCAUGGAUUUGCCAUCACCAAGCACCCAGAAGCUAAGAAUCUGGCUUUGAAGAUGGAUAUUCCUAUAGAAGUCUGCCCUAUUUCUAACCAGGUCCUGAUGUUAGUAUCAGAUCUCAGGAACCAUCCUGCUGCAGUCCUGAUGGCAGAGGGUCACCACAUCGUGGUUUCCUCUGAUGAUCCAUCCAUCUUUGGAGCAAAGGGUCUGUCAUAUGACCUUUAUGAGAUGUUCAUGGGCAUUGGAGGGAUGAGUGCUGAUCUGAGGACUUUGAAACAACUAGCACUAAACUCUCUAAACUACAGCAGUAUGCAACCUGGUCAAAAGAAAAAGGCCCUGGAGAUCUGGCAAAAAAAGUGGGACCAGUUCAUAGCUUCAGUCUGUGCAGCAAGCUAGACACAGAGGCACAAAAGACUUCUUCGCUUUAAGCAUGGUACUCUGAUCAGAUGACAGCUAAUGUCAAUAUAAAUUUGUCUUGUCUCUUGUACAUUUCAGUACCUGAGCAAAGUGCCCUUUUAAUUAUGCUGCAAAUGCUCCAAAUCAAUGACUGAUCAAAAUGCACUCCUUAAAGGUGGAACUAGGUGUGCUUCAACUCCAUCAGCUAUUGUUGUCCUGAACCCUUCUUGUCAUCCCUAGAUAUUUAGCACAAAUUAGGCCUUUUAGCCCUAGCUAGCCACUGCCUCUGGUAAUAUUUUGUCAUAAAAUGUGCCUUAGGAGCUUGAAGAAGCCCCUUCCCCUCAAGGUAGAAAGGUAGUAUUCUAGUUUUACCAUGCAACUACAGGAAAAGGUAUAACUGGGCUACUUCCUUUGGAAUUCUGAAAUUCUCAGGUUUUAUUUUAA